GCCUGUCGCUUUACCGUCGCAAAGUCAUCUUCAUUUCGAGCUUCCCUCGCGUAGGGAGAUCGGGAGUUCGUUUGCAGGUGCUCGAUUCGAGUUUUUCGCAGGAUGGGAGUUCCUUUCGCGUUUAGCUUCAGACUAUUCAACAACAGGUGCAUCCGGAUGAUGGCAUUCUCAUAGUCCAAUAGUGUCUCAGUCCCAAAGCUCUAUCAAGAUCCUCAUCUUAUUCUUUGUGGCCAUUGGCGCUGGAUAAUUUGUUUUUUGUGCACGCAUUGGUAUUUUGAUUACACACGGUAAAACCUUCAUCAUCCUAUCGAGAAACAGUUUUAGCAGCACUACCAAAUCUUCGGUCGAUGAAAUUAGUUUCUAUUGCUCACACCUCAGUCUCGACAUGAAGUUCACUGCCUUAUUUUUCGUUUGCAUUUUAUACCAUCUGAGUUACUUUACAACUGUUAGUGGGCUCAUAGAUGAAGUUGAGGAUGUGUUCUCUAUAUCCAAAGAUAUUGCAUCCACUGUAUUCAAAGCAUGGGAUACCGUGUCCGAGCAUUUACCUGUUGAUCAAAGUGAAAUCACACCACCAUUCCUCAGGAAGAAGGGAGCGAAAUUAACUUCAAAGAUGAAGCUCAUCACCCAUAUGCUAGAAAAUGUUGACCGAAGAAUCAAUUCAGUUACCAUCAGUGCUGUUUCAAGCUUGCGAAAUGAUUUUCAGUCUAUCGCUCACUACGAACUGCGAGUAGGUGAAGUUCAUCGGUUGACCGGAAUCAUUGAAGAUGCCUAUGCUCGGUUUGUGGCAUAUUUACCGGAUGGAACUGAUAUUGGUGACAGUUAUUCAGCUAUAAAAGAUCAGCUGGAUCUGGUGAACGAGGAGACUCCAGGAACCAACAUCCGUCUUCGACACAAGCACAUUUCUCUGGACCCCGGCAAUAUCACUGAAGCCACUUACAACGCAGAAGGUGUCGAAGGCAACACGCCCAUUAGAGUAGUCUCCGAUCUUUCGGAAGAGUCUGAGAAGAAACCUACCCGGGCUCAUGCACGCAAACUCAGUGAUAGUUUCGAGCCAUACACAUUAGAAAGUUUUGCUCAUGCAACUGUUUCUCAUAGCAGUGAUUCAGUGAUGCAGGUGCUCCACACUCUUGCCCAUCAACUAGUACCACACAGGGAAGGAUUCCGUUUCCAUCUAAAGGAUGGCUUCCUGUCAUAUCUAUCUACAACUUUACAGGACGGAGAUGCUGUCAUGUGCCAGGGAGGUCAAUCGCUUCAGCAGCUGAUUUUCAACUUGUACACGUACCUACACAUGGUUCAGUUGAAAGGAUAUGUCAUGCUCCAAUUUUCUUGGAUGUUGCUGCGGCUUUAUGGCAAAGGAAAUUUUGUUACCGAGUCCAUGAAUGAAAAAAACAAAUUCUACAAGCGUUUUGACAAGCAGAUGGAAAUGGCUCGUCAAGUAUUAGAGACAACAAGCAAUGAAAUGAGAAGGUGCGAUCCGCCCAAAAACAUCGAGGGAGAAACCUAUGCUCAAAUUACAAGACUUCUACAGGGAUACAUUCAAAAUGAAGUCGACAUGAACGGAGACGAGUCUUGCUCUGAAAAUUGCGCCUAUUAUUCGUAUGCCAAACAGCAUGGUUGCUUCAAGAACGGAUUCUGUGCUAGACAACCCUCUUGCACAGGUCGAAUUCUAAAUUGUCAGUUCGUUGAUGCUGACAUGGGUGUAUGCUUAUCAGACAUUGGAAGCACGAGACGGUACAAUUGGAUUCAGUAUGAAAAUGGCCGAACUUUGGGCAAGCGUGGUACUUGCAGCAAGUACAAUGUUGUGGAUAGUUGGUGGAGAUGGCUUGUUCUUCAUUGCUCCUACUGCUUUUGUCUCUGUGAUGAGCCUGGCCGCCACUCUGAUCGCUACUUCAGUCUUCGACCCUCUUCCUCAAACACCACAUUCAAUAAAGUCGUUACCGGUGUGCGUUUUGCAAAGCGGAAUCGCAUGAUUCAUCUCCAGAUCCAAGAAGGAGAGCUUCUUCCUCAUGGUGGCAUCAAUCAAAACUCCGUCUCAUGGCGACCAGUCCCUGAUUUCAGAAUCGAUGACCCUGAUGUCAAAGAUGGAGUCGAUUACCACACACUAUCCUGGGAGUCACGAGCUCUUGAUCUAGACGAUGUGAAAUUACCGCCUAAAUGCCUUCUGACAGGUGUUAGGCUGCGGAAACUUGGUGACCAUCUCAACUUAGAAGCAGAAUGCUCUCUUUUCAAUGUAACCACAGGAAAAUUGGUGAAACCUGCAACGAGGAAAAUAUGGCUUGGUAACGACAAUACUGAUGGAUCUGUUGCAUUUCCAAGAGAGGAGCUAAUAUUGAAGAAACCUGAUGAUCCAAUGGCUGCUCUGCCCGGGUGUCCGGCGGUACGUUCGACCUCGAAUAUGUUCAUAAAGUUUGUGAAUUCGGAUAUUGAUGCUGAUGCUGCACAGACAACGGUUCCGUUCAUUGAUAUUCAGUCGGUAGCACCGAGUCCUGCCACUCCUCUAGUUGGCGUCGGAAUUUAUCACAGAGGAUGCCAGAACUCCGGCGGAUACGUGGCACCCAAAGUGAUGACAUACGAUGCCAGUCAGCAUCUGCUCGAGACUGUAACGGUAGGGUCUGAAGCAUAAUCCGUGGUCCAAACAAUGUUGGUAUGUGAUCAAAAUUUUACAAUUUGCAAAGUGUAAUGAGGAAUUUCGAUUGGAACCAAUGAUGAUAACCAUGUAAUUGAGCAAUCUUAAAGCUACUGGCAGGUAUUUGGUUUGAUAUUUGCGCAAGGAGGUGAAAAAUGAAUACUUUCAGUGAAAUACUAUUGUCUAGAGUCUCAUUGAAAUUCCUCGCAUUCUUCAAGAUUUGCAUGUUGAACUCUCAGUCUGCUAAAUGAACCUGACAUUGUAAACUUGUAUUCAUCUAAUUUUGGAUGGUAUCACUAUUUUUUUGUCAUCGCAGGUAGACAUGGGUAAAGACUGAUCGUCAUAGUUGAAGUUUUGACUGAGUAAUCUCUAGCCCAGGGGAAUACUGCCAAAUCUUGUUCAGUGCAAAUAUGUGACGACUGCCAGCCUAAUUUUGCUUAAAUAAUUUAUGAAAUUCUUACUUGGGCACCUGUCUUUUUGUUAUCGUUACUGGCAACUUUGGAUCAAACUGUAAAUAUUUUUUGCUGUGAUUGUAAUUAAUAAUUUUUUAAUGAUUAGUAUCUCCAGAGACUCUUUGUUAAUUUAAGCUAAGUUUCCAUUUAAUUGUGUGUAUAUUUUAUUUGUAAAAAAAAGUGCUGAUUGUAAUUCUGUCAGUCGAGCGAAGACUGUGUGCUUCGCUUGUAAUUCUAUAAGAUGACUUUGGAUCUCUACUGAAUUUCAUGUACUUCGAACAAUAAUCAAAAGGUCUUGCAAACAAGGAAACAGAAAAUUUGAUGAAGAAUUGCAGAAGGAAUGAAUAUGCAGAGGGCAUUUCAAAAACAACAUGUAGCCAAAGAAAUCGUUUCGAUAGGUUUUUGUCUUUUCUGAAUUCUUUUUGUAGACAGAUUCUUUUUGCUUUAUGACGUCCAGCAGCCCUUCCAAAGUGUAAAGGCCCCUGAAACGCAACAUAGAAUAUUGAAGCUCAUGCUUAGUUAUAUGUAUUCUUCUUCCUCGCCUGGAAUAGUUCUAAGUUCAAGGACUUCUGUUGUUUCAUCAUUUAACCAUUCUCAAAUCUUUUGAAGUUGGCUUAUUGUUCAUUAAUCACACUAAAGUCUUCCUUGAUUUUGUCUUUUUCUAUCCUGUUGAAAAACGAAUAGUACAUGAUCAGUAAUUAAAGCCUUUUUUGUGAAAACAAUGUAUGUGCAUUUGUGCAAUGAACGUAUUGGAACAUCUCCCAUUUGUUCGGGUGAGACUUCCAGUAUUCGUCCCAUUGCAUAUUUUUCUUUAUCAUUCGAUGAGAUUUUUAAAGAGCCCAAUAUUUUCUUGAUUUUGUAGACAGAUUGUUGAUUAAAAACUCAAAAAAUUUCCCAGAAAUUGUUAUGUUUGAAAGAGCGAAGAAUCGUCAAGUUUUGUUUGGAGCAUACCUAACUUGCAGGUGAAAAAAGAGAAAAUAUUUUGUACAUCAAGCAGCCGCUAAACUCAAGUCAUCUAGUCUUGAUCGAAUCGUCCAAAAUCCUUAUGCUUCAUUAAACUCAUGGAUCGUUAGAAAAGCUACGCAUUUAAGAAUCAAUUGUUAACAUCCUGUACGAGUUUUGCUUUCUCAGUUUUGCAACAUGUACUAGUUGCUAGUUUAGAAAGAAACCUGAAUAACCAAAUGUAAAUUAAAGGAAAGGAAUAAUUUAAAAGUGGCCUCGGUGCAUUUACAUUCUAAUGCUCACAAGUUAUUUUAUUUUCAAAUGAGUCACUUAUCAUCAAAAUUAAGACAUUUUAAGUGUUAGACCAAGUUUCAUGCGGUUAAAAUUGAAAAGCUCAUGUAUGGAAGAUCCAAAACGUCAAAGAUUCAUGGGUGGUAAAAGACAUGCAAUAAAUUUAGCUUUUCUUUCAGUAAAAAUCCUGAGUGAUCCUGAUACUAUACACACAAAGUUAGGGGUUCUUUUUUUUGUCUUUCUCUGUUUUGUACUUGGUCUGUAAAUGUGUAUUGAUUAAGCUAUCAUCCAGUCUGUGUUUUUUCUCUCAUCAAUUUGUUCGGCUACUUCGUACAUUUAUUCAUCUAUUCAUAUAAACUCCAGGUCUUUCCUUAAACUUACAGACACCUACUGAUCCGAGUCCUCUCAUAUCAUACGAGCUUAGGUCCGAUUGUGGUUAAUCUGGUUUCCUACGAAUCAUAUCAGGUAGGUCAAAAUUUUGAGCAAUCUCUGACUUUUACUCCCAAGCUAAGUUGAUAAUCCCUGCACAAGGGUUCAAAAAAUUAUGCACACUAAAAUAGGUAACAAAAUUGAAAGAAAUCAAAACAGAAAUUAACAUUGGAAAAUCUAGCAUUUAACACUGAAUUUAGUAUUGACUUCCAUUGUUUAAUGUUUUCUGUAGACAAAGGCUGCUUUUAAUUUUUAUCACCUCGUAAUUUUUUUCACCAUAUAUACGUGAUUCUUUUAGACUUGUGCUCGAGGGAUUUAAUCUUUUUUAGACGCACCACUAAAAUUCUAACUACAUUUUUUUUUAUCAAACUGAUGCAAUGUAUCAUAUUAUGUUUAACCACAAUUGGACCCCAAGAUGAUCGCCUUAAUUUUUGAAGAGAGAAUGAGCCGAAACACAAGCAUAUCAUCUAUUAAGAAUAACCAUGGUUUGAGAUACAACGUCAUAAUAGGUUAUGGAUUAGUGUGCCAGUGUAAGAUAGCAAGUGUGUGAUAGCACUGAAAUACCUUUAUAGUCGAAGGUUUUAUUUUUCUUUUGAUGUGAUGUUUUAAACCAUGAACUUUUCAGAACUGAAAAGUCAGUUUUUCUUUUUUUUAUAUUUAUUUAGUGUUUUUCAUAAUUUAUAUUCUAUUGUCUCACUUCAAUAAUUAUUACCUUUCUAUUAUUUGUUAAAUACUCAUUCAGCCAUCUCAUAGACAAUUUUUUAACACAAUCAAAAUGAUCCUCAUAUAUUCAUAUUCAUCACCUGUUUUGUGUUGUUUUAUCCCACGUCGGUUUUAAAAGUACAGUGAAAUGAGACUGUUGAUUUCUAGAAGAUCCUCGUAAACACCAUAAAUUUGAUAUUGAUUCAGCAAAAGUAAUCCAGUGAAUCCUCUUUCAAUAAGAAAUCAUGCUCAGUUUUUUCCCAAACUGAUAUGCUCCCAUGUCAGAGGGAUUUUUUUACAACCACUUUUCCGAAAUACUGGUCGUCAAGGUUGUUUGUCCUUUGGCAGCUGUAUUUACAAUACAUAAUAGACCGAUAGGAAACCCUUUUUAAGGAGAAAUUUUUGAGUAUAUUAACCGUAGGAAUGGGAAGAAUCCUCUAAAUUUUUAGAGUUCCUAUUCCAAGAGGAUCGUCAGAUUUGUAAUUUAUUUGCCAAAUCAUUCAAAGGGCUGUCCAUGGAAAUAUUUUAAAAUGAAAGAGCCUUGUCAAGAAAACACCUCCCAAAA